AUGGCCCAUCUUCAAUAUUUCUCGUACAAAGGCAUUGGUGAACGAAAUAGAAAGCUUUUUAAGUAUUCUCAAGCUGUUCGUGUUGGUGAUCGAAUCGAAUGUGCUGGUCAAGGUGGUUGGGAUCCAAUAACGGGUAACUUUGAUGAAGAUAUCAAUAAACAAAUCGAUCAAGCAUUCAAGAAUGUUCAAUUAAACUUAAUCGACGCAGGUGGAAAGGGUUGGGAACAAGUUUAUCGCAUUGUGUCUUAUCAUAUACCAUUGGAUGAUGUCGCUCUGAACGCCAUGGUGCGAAACCUUAAACAAUGGUGUCCAAACCAUGAACCAAUCUGGACCGUUCUCGGCGUUUCACAGCUCGGCGAGAAGCCGAUGAAAGUAGAAAUUGACGCAUUUGCUCAUGUUCCUAACUAG